AUGGUUCGCAAGUUUCGCAAUCAAAAUUAUCAAAAGUUGAAGAGAGACUGUCAGAGACGUGGACAACCAUUUACCGAUCCUGAAUUUCCACCUCAAGCGGAUUCACUUUUCUAUAGUGGACGAAAUGAUCUAGACAUUGUCUGGAAAAGACCUGGAGAGCUCUGUGAAGAUCCUCGUCUUAUUGUUCAUGGUCUAGCCCCCAGUGAUCUCAAUCAAGGAGAACUCGGUAAUUGUUGGUUUGUAGCAGCUUGUUCUGCUCUAGCUUUGGAACGUAGACUUUGGGAUAAAGUGGUGGUUGAUGACUGGGAUCCUGCUCAUCCUGAGCGAUACUGUGGUAUAUUUCAUUUUCAUUUCUGGCAAUUUGGGGAGUGGGUGGAUGUUGUUGUUGAUGAUUGGCUCCCAACGAGUGGAAAACUUGUGUUUAUGAAGAGUAAAGAUAGCAAUGAAUUCUGGAGUGCUGUUAGAAAGGCUUAUGCCAAGUUAGCUGGUUCUUAUGAAGCCUUAGCUGGUGGACUUACUGCAGAUGCUUUAGUGGACUUUACUGGAGGAGUUAGUGAAUCUAUUAAAAUUCAUGAUGGUGGACUAACAGAUGAUGAUGAAUCUAAAAAAGCUCUUUUUGAUACUGAAAGUCCCUUAGACUGUGGUCUAGUGAAAGGUCAUGCUUACACUAUCACUGAUAUCAGAAGGAUGAAGCUAGCUACUGGUCUUAGUGCACUGUUUGGUAACGAGAAACUUAUGAUGAUUAAAAUGAGGAAUCCUUGGGGGAAAAAGGAAUGGAAUGGAGCUUGGAGUGAUAGUUCUGAUGAAUGGAGUCGUGUUCCAAAAAGUGAGAAAGACAAGAUGGAACUUAAAGUUGAAGAUGAUGGGGAUUUUGGUAAGAAUUGGAUGGAAUUUUCAGAUUGGUGUCAAUGGUUUACUUAUGCUAGUAUUUGUCGUAUCGUCAACACUCGAGUUCUUAGUCUUCAAAAAACUUGGCAUGAUGCUACCUUUCAUAGCAAGUGGGAAGGACGGACUGCUGAAGAAGAAGAAGUCAUGGUUUCUUUGAUGCAGAAAGAUCCUCGUACAUCGCGAUCACGACGAACUCAAAGAACAGCCACUAAAGAACCACUAAAGAACUUCUCUAUUGGUUUCCUGGUUAUGAAGGUUGAGGAGAACCGUAGGUAUCGUAUCCAUACAAUCAGACCAGAGGCUGGUAGUGUGACCUACACUAACAGACGUAGUGUAUUUGGGCGUUUUACAUUGGGACAAGGCAGAUAUGUUCUAGUGCCAUCUAUUGAACCUAAUGAAGAAAGGGAGUUCCUUUUACAAGUCUUUUCUGAACGAAAUGCUCAUGUAAAAGAGUUAAAGAAGGAUCAUCCACUCGUGGUUGUUGUGGGAGCUGAUCCGUACUGUAAAGUGACUUGUGAGGGUAAAAGUGUAGUCACUCCAGUGAGACAAAAUACUCUAGACCCACAGUUUGACAAUGAUAUUGUUUUCUAUGUCAAGAAACCUGAAAUGCUGAAAUUAAAGUUCAA